CUCAGUGGAAUUGUUGUCGUGUUCACUUCGUUACGGAUAUUUCAAAUCUCAUACCCCAAGCACCCUUCUGAUUAAAAUAAAAAGAAAACUGAAUUUUGCUACAACUUCAGUAAAGUUGAAUACAAUUUUUUUUAAAGUUGAUUAAAAAACAAAAAAAAAACUAAUUGAAUUAAUAAGAAAAGUCUAAUUGGACGCCGACUUGCAGCGCGCUUAUCCAGCCCUUUCAUACAUACUCACGUGUGUGUGUAUAAGAGUGCAUUGCACGUUUUGAGCUCUUAACUGCGAGGGUGUCGAAUAGCCAUUAUCUGCUAUUAACGCCAUUGCAUCCGUGAUCAUCAAUAUUUUUUGCAAGUUACUUAGAUCAAAAGUGAAUGGUUGAAAGCAAGAAACAAGUAUAAACAUCAAAAAGUAUUUUCCAAUUGCAUUUUGUGUGCAUUCUAUUGCGAGCAAACCCACGCGUUGCAGAGAAAACAGAACCACAUAUACACACACACACAAGCAAACGCAUUUACACUCACAUAAAAAUCCUCAUACAUACAGACGAUUUUCAACGCCAAAAGCAAGUUGCCAAACAAACAAAAACAAAACAGGCUCCAGCAGUUGCAGGCGCGCCAACAUCGUCGUCGACGUCGCUGCAUUUAGCCCAACGUCGACGUUGUUAUUGUUGUUGUCGCCGCGAGUGUGAGGACGCAAACGAACAGAGAACAAAAGGCAAUCAGAAAGUACACACGCUGAGCAACCGAUUAAAUCAAGAGCAAGUAAACACAACAAGAGCACAAGGAAAGUGUAGCACCUGGUCACACGGUACAAUAAACAAAUUGGAGAUUGAGAAAGAGUGAGCGAUACAUAUACAUAUACAUACAUAAGGUUCCACGAGGGUUACGGAGAGCAGAAACUGUGUUUCUUGCUCUAACUGUUGUGCAUUCCAAGAAGAAACAGCAGCGAGAAGAAUCCAGAGAGAGCGAGAGGGGGAGAGAGAAGGAGAGUAGGAUCAAAGCGGAUAGAGUACAAGGGAAGUGAGGGAUCAGAAAACAGCAGAAUGGAGCUAGAGUCGAAUAUCAACCAGAAAGCUAACGGCGACGUCGCCAGCAACGGCGGCUCCGACUCAAAGGAGAGCUCCGUGGAGCGGGAACUGAAUGGCGAGAUUGAGGCGGUAGAGCUGAACGGCGGGCCCUCGAAUGGGCACAAUCACAUCAAGAAGCCCUUGCCCGUGGGCGACGGCCAUGAUGGCCGCAUCAAGCGAAAGGCCAAGCGCCUCAUCCAAAGACAAAAUAGCGGCAGUGGUAGUGGCAGCGGCACAUCUGCCACGUCCCUAACCAAUGGGGCCGCUACUGCUGGAGGCGGUAUUGUUCCGAGCAUCGCCAGUACCACGGUGUCGUCGCUGGCCAACGGCAUGUUGCCAUCCGGCACGGGCUAUGUGGUGCCGCAUCGGCGCUGGAAGAAUAGCCGAAGAUCCCGCAAUUUGACACGUGGGCGGGGCCUGCCUAAGAAGGGCGGUGCCGGUGGCAAAGGGGUCUGGGGAUUGCCCGGAUCGGAGGCGCUGGCCGAGGUGUACGAAGAUGAGAAUGAUCCCAACUAUGACAGCGAGGUCAACGAUCGAAAUGUGGAGCUACGCGAAGUCAUCACCGAAAUCACGCCCGAAGAAUUCUUCAAGCUCGCCGAGCCGAUUGUGCUCGAGUACUACGAGCACGGGGACACCCACGAGGUGGCCGUCAGCUUUGACGAGAUCUUGCAGAGCCCGCUGCGAGAGUACAUUACCAGCAUCCUGGUCGAGAUUGCGAUGGACCACAAGGACUCGCAGCGGGAGAUGACCUCGGUGCUAAUCUCAGAUCUCUAUGGCCGCGUCAUCACCGGCAAGGACAUCGAGAAGGGCUUCAACAUGGUGCUAGCCAAUCUGCCCGAUCUCAUACUGGACACGCCCGAGGCGCCAGUGAUGCUGGGCAACUUCAUGGCCAGAGCCAUAGCCGACGACUGCAUGCCGCCGAAGUUCGUCAGUCGACCCGAGGAGCACCAGCAGAUGAACGAGUACGCCGAGCAGGCGCUGCGCCGGGCCGAUGCGUUGCUCCACAAGCAGGUGUGGGCCCAUCUGGACAACGUCUGGGGCAUGGGCGGACCCCUGCGGCCAGUGAAGACCAUCACAAAACAGAUGACCCUCUUGCUCAAGGAGUAUCUGUCCUCCCGCGACGUGGCCGAGGCGCAGCGCUGCCUGCGCGCCCUCGAGGUGCCCCACUACCAUCAUGAGCUCGUCUAUGAGGCCGUCGUGAUGACACUCGAAUCCUUAAGCCAGACCACCGAGGAGGCCAUGUGCGAGCUGCUGAAGUCGCUCGAUCUAACGUGUCUGGUUCUACCAGCUGGCAUGGAGCAGGGCUUCAUGCGCGUCUUUGAUGACAUGGCGGAUAUUGUGCUGGACGUGCCAUUGGCGUAUAUAAUACUCGAUCGAUUUGUAGAACGAUGCAAUCGUGCCGGCUUCCUAACCGACAAGAUUAUCAACAAUGUGCCAUCGCGUGGACGCAAACGUUUUGUCUCUGAGGGCGACGGCGGACACGUUAAGCCGGCAACUUUGCCUAUGCGCGACUAAAUAGCAAGGAUCGAUUGAUUUCAACUCGGAGGCAGUGGCAGCAGCAGCAGCAGAAGCAGAAGCACCAGUAGCAGUAGCAUACAACAAUAA